UUCUAAUGUAAACUCCUUCCAAAAGCCACGAAAGCCCUCCAGAUUCCAGAAUACUCUUUUUGCCCUUUGAAACCAAACUUCCCUCAAUCUUUCACCAUUCAAGGGAAAAUGGAUCGUUCAAGCCGCACGGUCUAUGUGGGCAAUCUGCCUGGUGACACUCGUCUCAGAGAAGUCGAAGAUUUAUUUUACAAGUAUGGGCCCAUUGUUGAUAUUGACUUGAAGAUCCCACCAAGGCCCCCUGGUUAUGCUUUUAUUGAGUUUGAGGACCCCCGUGAUGCUGAAGAUGCAAUUCGUGGUCGAGAUGGGUACGAUUUUGAUGGCUACUAUUUAUGGGUUGAACUUGCUCAUGGUGGGCGAAGGCGGCCUUCAUCUUCUGUGGAUCGCCAUAGCAGUUACAGUGGUAGCAGUAGCCGCGGACCUUCCAAACGCUCUGACUAUCGUGUUCUGGUGACUGGUUUACCCUCUUCUGUCUCAUGGCAAGACCUAAAGGAUCACAUGCGCAGAGCUGGGGACGUUUGUUUCUCUCAAGUGUUUCGUGAUCGUGGGGGCAUGACAGGGAUUGUAGAUUACACAAACUAUGAUGAUAUGAAAUAUGCUAUAAAGAAGCUUGAUGACUCUUUGUUUCGGAAUGCAUUUAGCCGGGCUUACAUACGGGUGGAGGAGUAUGAUUCUAGGCACAGUUACUCCAGAAGUCGUAGCCCAUACAGUCGAAGCCGUAGUCGCGGCCACAGUUAUGGUAGCAGCAGGAGCAGGAGCAAGUCUCCGAGGGCAAGAUACUCAAGCCGGUCUCCACCUGUAUCUAGGUCUGUUUCACUGCGUUCCCGUUCAGUGUCACCAGCCCGCUCCUUUUCAAGAUCUUGCACCAGGUCAAGGUCACCAGUUCCAUCUCCUCACAGUAAAAAUGUGAGAAGAACCCCACCAAACCGCAGCCCUAGCAGGAGCAGGAGCCGGAGUCGCAGUUUAUCUCAUUCUCGUUCGCCAUCUGUGAAAUCUGAUUGACGGUUGGAUUGAGUGCAAGGAUAUCAAGUUUUUAUCGUUAUAGCAGGUUGUAAUAUUUCUUAGCUUGAAUGUCAGAUUACUUGUCUAAGGGUUGGCAUUGUAUUCACAUUUAGUUCUUAAACCUUGGCUGUGGAUUAAAACAUCAACUGGUUCAUCGUUAUGGCUUGGACUUCAUGAUUGCAUGCUUGAAUA